GAGGUCGCCGCUAAGCCACGUGACGGUCUCGAGCUCCGUGGUGGAGGAAGCUUCAGACAUGCCAACUUGUCCGCUAUAUCAAACUCCCUCGAGGUUCAUUCUUUCAACAACCCGCCCUGGCGGCAUUCUCAAUAACUCCUUGUUGAGCGAAGUCUCGUAGGUUGCUUAUCUGUACUUCAGACGUGGCCCAAUGCGCUCACCAUGAACCGAGGCUCUCUUUUGCUCUUGUUUACAGCGGUCAUGGGUCCUACGCUAUGUGCAGCCGCAAGUGACAAAGGACCCCGUCCAAGGGGAGUAGGACCUGAAUGUAACUACCACUGUUCCCCGUUUCCCUUCAUGACGUUUUCAUAGUUAACGUAAUUGGGCUAACUGGACGUUUCUACACCAUUUAGUUGCCAAGUUCUACAAGGACGCCAACAGCUUUAGCUGUAUUUCUAACCCCUCAAUCAAGAUACCAUUUUCCGCCAUCAAUGACGAAUACUGUGACUGUCCAGACGGUAGUGAUGAACCUGGAACUUCAGCAUGCUCGUUUAUAUCUCCUUACUCGUCAACAUACUCUUCGAACCCCGGGAACGAUAAGACGAACAACAAGCUAUCACUCCCUGGAUUCUACUGCAAGAAUAAGGGACACAUGCCUCUAUACCUCAGCUUUCAGCGAGUAAACGAUGGAGUGUGUGAUUACGAUAUUUGCUGUGACGGGAGCGAUGAGUGGGCCCACGUUGGUGGACUAAAGUGUGAGGAUAGAUGCAAAGAGAUUGGGAAGCAAUGGAAGAAGACCGAGGAAGAAAAGGAAAAGUCAUACUCUGCAGCCUUACGCAAACGCAAGGAACUCGCGGCGCAGGCGUCCAAGACGGAAAAUGAAAUGCAGGACCGCAUUUUGGCUCUUGAGAAGGAAGCUCAAGACCUUGAAGCUUCCCUUGCGGACCUCGAAGCACAGCUGGAAACAGCCAGAGCAAGGAAUAGAGGGAAGACAGCCAGUGGCCAGAAGCAAGGAAAGGCUUAUGAACUGGCACAGCUUGCAAAGGCGAGGACCGACACCCUUCGCACCGUACUAGAGGAGGUGCAUCUGCAGAGAGACCAGGUGGUAAAUCUCCUGCGGGAAGCCGAGGGAAUUCUGUCCAAGUUUAAGGAAGAGUAUAACCCUAAUUUUAAUGACGAGGGUGUCAAACGUGCUGUUCGUAGCUGGGAAGACUACGUUGCCCGAAAGGGAGAACAUGGCAGUGACUCAUUUGGAGAUGAUGCCCUGUUCGAUGCGCUCAAACAUGAACAUGAUGAGCCGUUCAGCAACCCUGAGCAGUGGGCAGAAGAAGCUGAACCUGGAUUAGUGCACAAGCUGGCAUCUUUCUUGCCUGCCGGCAUUGCAAAUGCCAUUGAAGAUGGUCUUGCUAGUUUCCGGUCCGCGUUAGUCUCGAAUGGUCUACUCGCGGACAGCUCACUAGAUGACGGUUCAGAUGAGCCGCAAGAAGUGAGAGAUGCUAAGGACAAAGUAAACGGUGCGGAGGUUUCUCUCAACUUGAAGAAAUCUGAGAUCCAGGAUCUCAAGCGCGACCUCAAGGAAGAUUUUGGAGUUGAUUCCGUCUUUAGAGCACUCAAGGGGGAAUGCGUUUCUCAAGAUUCAGGGGAGUACACUUACGAACUCUGCUGGAUGGAGCAGACCAAGCAGAAAUCCAGGAAGGGACGCGCCGACACCACUAUGGGAAGAUUCGAGAAGAUCUCGUCUAUUGUUGUGGAUGAGCCUACUCCGUCCGGCCAGAUUGUUCAGAAGACCAAAGUUACUCUUUUGUAUACCAAUGGCCAGACAUGCUGGAACGGACCUGCGCGCUCGACAACGGUGAUUCUGGAGUGCGGCGAGAACAACGAACUCACCAAAAUUACAGAGGAUGAGAAGUGUGUAUAUUCGAUGUUCGCCACCACGCCGGCUGCUUGUGAGUCUCCUGUAGCUGGCAAGGACAGCCAGGAGAACAGUGGAAAGGAUGAGCUAUGAUCGACCAUUCCCCGCCAUGUCUAUCAGGGACUCAAUGGCCCAUGUCUGACUAAAUAUUUCAAAUCACUGGAUUUAGAGACUGUUACCGUUCAUUACUAGAGACUAGAAAAUUACAUGCAUGCGGUUUGCAUCAGGUUGAAUGCAAAGCCUAGCGUUACACACGGACGGUCGACUACAUUGCUUAUUUCAACGUCCUCCGCAGAACUAGUAGGGGAUAAAACA